AUGAUUAUGGCCCGGGAAACUUUCUACGGCGCAGAAGCCGUCACAACUGUUGUCGUCAAGUUGUCACUUCCAGGGUCAAUGCCUGAGCACAUUUUUUUCGACAACAACUGCUCGCUCGCCAAGGCUGUGAAGAAUGACCCAGUGUUCCGGAAUGUGGGCCUGACGGUCGCUGUUUUCCGCUUCAAAUGCAAGCAUCGGGAGACGGAUACAUUCUGCCAAAUGAAUUGUAACCCUGCGGCUUACCCUGAGCUCCGGGGUGAGGGCAAUAAACUUGGUGGGUAUCAGGCGAUUUGUCGCGAGAUGCAUGUUGACAGGUAUAAUUUCUUCCUCGACGAGAUGGUGCGUCGUAGGAACAUUAUGACGAAUGAAAGGUUAGCGAGAACAAAGCAGCAGCCAGGAACAUGGCCCACCAUUUAA